AAGAAGAAGAAGAAGAACUUGUCUUCGUGAUAUAUAAUUCAAUGCUCGACGACCGAACGACAUCGGAUACUACAUACUGGAUGUUGUGCGAAACCGUUAUGCAACCUGCAGUACGUAAGCUGGUGGUCUUUGCUCGGCUGGAUUCCAGUUGGCCUGUCCUCUUAUAUUGUCCUGUGUAUAAGCAAGAACAUUCAGGACAACAGGAUGAAGAAAUUUUUAUCGGAUUACCGACUUCUCUACAAACGGAAACGCAUCGAAACGUACCCAUCGAAACCAACGAGGGAACACAUACAGAUUUGUUUGAUUAUUUAGAAGGCAGUCAGUGGAACAAAGAGAAACCGCCGGUCACAUCGGGAUCUUGGAUGCAGGUGUUGAAGAUACAAUGAAGUCGAUGUACUUAUUUUCAUUUUGCCUACUCUUACGUUUUUUUCUAUUGGAAUUAAAGUUCGACUCCCGUUAUUUUUUGAUGACGUUUGCAACUCGUAUUCAGGAAAAGAAAGGAGAAGACGUUCUUUACAUUGAUUUUAUGAGAGAGAUUCGAUCUUGCUCGUUCGAGGUAGUAAUAAUAAGUAAGUAAGGUGAAGAGUCGUCGUCGAGUAACACAGACCAAGGUGAUCCAGUACGAAAGCGAGAGGCCUUUCUGAGGGACUCCCAGAAGAAAGGAAAGAUUGACGGAAGGAAGACAACAGUCUGAAGAAGAAGAAGAAGAAGAAGAAGAACAUGAAAAAAAAAUACUUAUGAAACCUUCGAAGACAAUGAAUGAGUAAUAAAAGUUAAAAGGGAUGACAGGAACCUGCAUUAUCGACGAUCAAAUGCACAAAAGCAAUAAUAUCUCUCUUAUUGUUAAUGAAUUGAAAUAACGAAUGAUCGAACAAAGUCACGAUGACCAGUUUUAAAAAUAAUAUUUCAAUCGAACAAAGUCAUGACAAUUAUUGGAUCUCAAAUGAAAUUUUAUCUAUGUCAUACAAUGUUCCCUGAUUCCUGUCAUUAAUGAUUAAAUCAUUUCUUUUUUGACAUAAUGAUACUUUUCUUUCGUUCGGAGCUCUCAGUAAAAUCAAACCUUCGGUCAAUACUCUCAUAAACAAUGGCCGCAUUCUAAUCUUAUCUAACAAUAAAACUUGUCAUAAUCGUGUAUAGUAAUAAUACAAGCAACAGUAAUUGGAUUUAAAGAUGAUUAUCGUGACUACUGAAAUCUCAACGAAUCCUCACUGAGGGAGGAUUUGUGUGGUGCCUUUCUGUGAUCUGUCACGCUCUGUUCACUGUGAUCACAUAUACACACAUACGCACGUACUUCUCUCUUUCUUUUUCUAUGUUAUUCAUGGGUACACGUGAGUGCAACAAAGAAACAGACAGUGAAUAUGACAAAGGAAGAAGGGAAGCGAAAGAGAGAAAGAAAGAAAGAAAGAAAGAGAAAGAGAAGAAGAAAGAGAGACAAGCUAAAGAGGGAUCAUGGUGGUCGAUGACGCCGGCUACGUCAGAAGAUGUCGGCAUCGUUGUUGUUGGUUGGCGGCGGCUCGUGGGAGCGCCGUUUUAACCGCCUAUUUCUCCCGCCACGUUAUAACACUGCAUGAAGCCGUCUCGCCGUCUCGUGGACGGCAUAUAUACAUACAAUAUAUAAGUAUAUAUAUAUAUAUGUAUGUAUGUAUGUACGAUGUAUGUAUGUAUAAAUGUAGAGUAGUAACAAAAAUGUAUUAACAUUACCCGUACUUCGAUAAUAAUUCUAUGUACAAAAUAGGAAUAAUGAUUAACAAUCUUAUUUUUUAAUUUAUUGCAAACAAAAUUAAUGUAAUUUAAAAAGAAACAUUAAUAUUAUCAUUUAUACGGGUAUGUAUAAUCGUCAGAGAAUUAUUGAAAUGAUAAAGCAGUUGUAGUUAAUGAAAAGUAGUCUUUUAUAUGUCAAUACUUCGAAUGAAAAGCCAUUGUAUUUUCUAUACAAUAAUGCCUUCGUUGAGUUCAGUGAACAGUGGAAACAGACUGACUAGGUAAUGGACUUGGCAAACAUUAUUUUGGACUUGUCUCGUUCGAGAAAAUUCUUUAUUUUAUUUUAUGAUUCUCAGUAUGUUUCUCUUUUGUUUGUUAUUUGCAGAUCGGGAUACUCUUCGUGUGGCUUGAGAAAUCAUAUGUUUAUAUUUUAAAUACAUAACGUGCAAUGAACUUUCAACCUUCAAGAUCCUGAACCAUGAGACCAUUUUUCUCUUUCAUCGAGUAAAACGUAUUUUUAGUCGCCUGUUCUUCGACGCCAUACAAAAGGAGGAAAGAGUGCAAGCAACUUUAUUUUGAAAAACGAAACGACCAGUGCCCGAGGCAUGGUCGAAAGCAACAUGGACUAUUUCUAUCCUCCUGUUGCUGUCUCUCUCUCUCUCUCUCUCUUUCU